AUGGCCGACAAGCUUCGCACAAUCCAGAACCUGGAGGCUCUCCAGUCUCGCUACAUCGGUACUGGACACGCCGAUACCACCAAGUACGAAUGGACCUCCAACAUCCUCCGUGACAGCUACUCCUCCUACGUCGGUCACCCCCCACUGCUCUCCUACAUGGCUGUUGGCAUGGGUGAGCCAAAGGAGGUUGUGCGCGCAGCAAUGCUCGAGAAAAUGGUACGAGGUGCCGGUAAUCCACCAGCGGUAUGUUCUGUUUUCCGUAUUUGCAGACUCAGAGUUAUGACUGACUUUUUCUUUCCGCGUACCAGACUCAAGAGUAAACCAUCCAAGACCUGGUUUCUUUCUGCUUUCCUGAUACCCCUUGUCGCCACAUAUCGCUCUCCGCUAUCCGCUCUCAUUUCGCAACGCGAUAUCUCGCUGCUCUCAUCCUGCGCGCCAUGUUCUUGGUGA